AUGUUCGACGCUGGCGGCGAGGCUACGAGGAGCGUGGCUGACAUGGUGCCGCUAGUGGACACGCUCCAACGCCUCGGCAUCGACAACCACUUCCGCCAGGAGGUUGACGCCGCGUUAAAACGCAUCAACAGCUGCGAGAGUUUGGACGACGGCCUCCAGAUCGUUGCUCUUCGCUUUCGUCUACUUAGGCAACAUGGCGUCUGGGUCCCUGCAGAUGUAUUCGACAGAUUCAGAGAUGAAAGGACGGGCAGUUUCAGUGAAAGUCUGGCCAGUGAUCCGAGGGGCUUACUGAGCCUAUACAACGCGGCUCACAAGGCAACACCUGGUGAGCAGGCCCUCGACGAAGCCAUCUCCUUCUCCAGGCGGCACCUUGCGUCCAUGAAAGGCAGGCUCCCGUCGCCACUGGAAGAGCAAGUGUCCCGUGCCCUCGACAUCCCACUCGCACGCCUGCCAAAGCGGUUGGAGACGAUGCACUACGUCGUAGAGUAUGGCAAAGAAGAGGAGCACGACGCCGUGCUCUUGGAGCUCGCGAGGCUGGACUUUGACUUGCUCAGGUUUCUUCACCUCAGGGAGCUAAAGGACCUGUCAUUGUGGUGGAAGGAUCUCUGUGGCAAUGUGAAACUAAACUACGCCCGAGACCGGCUAGUGGAGAACUACUUCUGGACGUGUGGGGUGUUCCAUGAGGAGGAAUACUCUCGUGCGCGAAUGCUGUUUGCCAAGACAUUCGGGUUGCUGUCCUUGAUGGAUGACACAUGGGAUGAAACCACUGCUUCCAUUCUUCCAGAGUACAUGAAAAUGUUCUACAUCAAUCUUGUGAGGAGCUUUCAAGAGUUUGAGCAUAGUUUGCAGCCAAAUGAGAAGUACCGCGUAUCCUAUGCAAAGCAAGCGUUUAAACUGUCAUCAAAGUACUAUCUGGACGAGGCCAAAUGGUGCAGUGAGAAAUACGCGCCGAGCUUCAAAGAGCACAUGGAGGUGUCUGUCAUGUCGUCAGGCUUCCCAACACUAGCCGUGGUGCUGCUUAUGGGUGCAGGUGACAUGGCGACCAGGGAGGCGUUCCAGUGGGAGAUCGGCGUCCCGGACGUGGUCACCGCCAGUGGAGAGGUCGCUCGUUUCCUCAACGACAUCGCUUCGUACAAGAAGGGGAAGAACAAGAAGGACGUGGCAAGCUCCGUGGAAUGCUACGCCAAGGAGCAUGCAUGGCACCUGGCGGUGAACCUGACCAAGACGCUGGAGGUCAUAUACCUUGGCGGCAGAGAUGCCUACACCUUUGCUGCCGACCUCAAGGAUCUCGUCGUCUCCCUCUUUCUCAACGGCCCUACUGUUUGA